AUGAUGACAUCAGAGCGUUCGAACAGACGAACCGUCCUGAACGCAGCUCCACCUGUGCCGGAUUUCACUGACGGAGGUGUGAAGGAGUUCAUCCAGACGAUCAUGGGCCCACACGGCAUCAACCGAGCCAUACAGAGGUUGGAGUUCUGCGACUGCAAGAAGGGGCUGGGUGUGAAGAUCAUCGGGGGCUACCGCGAGCUGACGGGCGAGGAGUUCGGGAUCUACAUCAAGCGGGUGAUUGUUGGCGGGCUGGCAGCUCUGGACGGUCGGCUUAAGUCAGGUGACCUGAUUCUGGAUGUCAAUAACAUCAGUCUGAUCGGGGUGACCAAUGAGAGAUCUCACCAACGUUUCCCUCUUUUCCCCUCAGGCCUCCCGAGCUCCAGAAACACCCCCAGCCCCCCCAUCGACCCGGACUCCAUCCACGUCCCCGUCGGAUACGAGCCGGACCCGGCGGACCUGGCUCUGUCCAGCGUCCCGGGUCAGGAGAUGUUCGAUCCCCGAAAACGCAAGUUCUCCGCCGAGGAGCUGAAACCGCAACCGAUGAUCAAGAAAGCUCGUAAGGUGUUCAUCCCCGAGGACCUGAAGGACGACAAAUACUGGGCCCGGCGCAGGAAGAACAACAUGGCGGCGAAACGUUCCCGGGACGCGCGGCGGCUCAAAGAGAACCAGAUCGCCAUCAGAGCCAACUUCCUGGAGAAGGAGAACUCGGCUCUGAGGCACGAGGUGGCCGACCUGAGGAAAGAGCUCGGACGCACGAAGAACGUCCUCGCCAAGUACGAGUCACGGCACGGGCCGCUGUGAGGACACACACAGAUACACACACACACACACACACACACAGUCUUCACCAGUAACCUCCUCCUCACACAGUCCUGGUGACUCCACUCACGGCAGGUGAAGGGUUAAAAUGCUAACAUUCACUGGUUUCUUUCACUGCUGCUCAGAGUCACGAUCACUCGGUGUUAUUUCACAUUUUUAAUGUCAACGAAUCUGAAAAAACACGAUGUUUGUUGUGGGACUAUUUUCUGCAGUGGAUGGAUCCACGUCUGGUGCUCUGCUGCAGGGCGUCUGGCACCCCCAGAGGCCCUGCAGGGAACUGCAUCAGGAACCUCAGAUGUUUCACUAUCUGUGAUGCAAAACUCAAAAAAAAAAUUUGAAAUAUUAUUAAAUUUGGGGGAUUUUUUUGUAGUAAAUCAAAUUAUGAAAAUUACUCUAAAUAAAAUAUUUUAACAUUUUAAAAUAUGUUGUAUUUUUUAACUUUAGUCCAUAAUAUUAAAUCUUUAUUAAAAAAAAAAGAUUACAGAUUUUAAUUUACCUUAAAGGACUUACAACAUUCAAAUUUUUCUGAAUAACUUUUUGAAAUAUUCAACUUUUUUUUUCAAAAUAUUUAAAUUUUUAAAACAGACUCUAAUUGUAUUUUGAUAAAUCACAUUUAUUUAAAAUAUUCCUGCUUAUUUUUCAAUUAUUUCAUAAUCAGAAGAUAUCCUGUGUGAACAAGAUACUCUCUGUACGCAAGAUGUUUCCUGUAAAUGAGAUAACAACUACUGAAUGUGAGAUAGUAUUUAGUGCAGACAAGAUCAUAUGUGACCACAGGUGUGACUUUUGUGUGAAAAGCAUGAUACAUUUUGUAUCUUGCGUAAACAAGAUACUUGAAAUGUGUUAGUUAGAGUCACAUGAUCACUUUCAUGCUGAUGAUAGAGUCAGAUACCCACUCACACUCUCAGAAUGACGUCCUUCUUGUGCAGGAUGUUGACUUUAUUGCGCCAGAUACUAUCUUGUAUGCAUGUAAGAUUAUAUUAGAAUAUUUUAUGACAUGUUUUCAUAUUUUUGGGACUUUUUUUCUUGAUUCAGGAAUUUUAAAGUUGUUUAUCCAAAUAGUUGUUUACAUAAAAAAAAAAAAUCUAUAAUCUUGACUAAACAAGAUACCUGAAAACAUCCUUUCAGGAACUUCCUGUUGAACCAGCAGAUGAAUUUAUGCAUAUCUUUGUCUCUGGAUGAGAUUGGUUGACGUAAGGUGAAAUGUUAAAUAACACCAGAUUAAUAUUUGAAGUCAAACAGGAACAUGAAGUCAGAGCUCGACUCUCACACACACACACACUCACACACACACACACACACACACACACACACACACACACACUUUAUUUCUCUCUGAGCGGCGUGUUUGAAAAUAACUUUCAUGUCUUUAUAAUCCUCCAAACGUUUGUCAUCUGCAGUUUUGCUCCUGCCGUGAGCUGAGCCCAUUACUCAGGAUUAUCUCACACACACACACACACACACACACACACACACACACACACACACACACACACACACACACACACACACACACACACACACAGCUGUUAGGACGUCUCUACGGUCCUGUAAACCCUCCUCACGGACCUCCUCUGACCUUUGACCUCUGAGCCCCUCCUCUCUCAGUGUUUGGUGAAGGCACUUUUUGGACCUCCACAGACUCCUCCCCCCUCCACAGACUCCUCCUCCUUCCACAGACUCCGCCCCCUUGUGUUCCCUGUACAUACCUGCCUUCCUCCUGAUGACUGUAAAUGAAUGUUCUCACCUGUUGGCCGCUCUUGUUCCCGCCUCACGCCUCUUUCUGGGCUGAAGCGGCGUUUUUAUGGAGACUUGAGGAUUUCAAAUAUGACGUCAGACAUCGUCACGUGAAGACGCACAAACUGAUUUUGAUACAGCGUCAAAAAAAAAGCCAAAUUUUUAUAAAUGCCCCCAAAAUUUGUUAUUUUUAUACUCCAAAUUUUUCCUCCAAAGAUAACUUAUUCUAAUGAAAUAUUAUUCUAUAAUUAAUGUCCUUUAUUAAUUAUGUAAUAAUUAACAAAGAGCUGUAAAAACAUCAGGAAGUGUGUCUUUACGCCCGAGGACACCAAAGAGAGCUCGUCUCUGGAGCCCCCUGGUGGCCGAGCGUCUCCCUGCAGCCUCUCAGUCUUCACUCUGAUGAUGAACCAGCGACACACGUCAUGUGAUCCACCUGUUUCCCUUCAGUGUGUGUUGAUUCAUUCUUCUUCUUCUUCACCUCCAUGUUUGACGAGCCGGUUGCUUCCGUAUGAAUCAUGCUAACACGUUGAUUUUGAAGUCCCGAUGUUUCUGUCGUGUUCGGUCUGUAAAGACGUGAAAUCAGAGACGAUCACUUUAGAGAUCUCACCCUGCCGACGAUCCGGAGAGAGUUCUGCUUCAUCGUUGAAUUGAAGGUUUAAUCUUCUGAAACGAAUCCAGUCCAGCAGAAUGAUUUCAGAUUUAAAUUUAAACAAGAUAGCAUUUUGUGAGGGCAAGAUAAUCUCUUCCAUGUGCACGAUUAUAUCUUAUCUUGUUUGGACAAGAUCGAUACUUCUGGUUGUAAGAUAAUAUCUAAUGUAAGGCAGCUUGUGUUCAGGAUCUAGUAUCAAGAUCACUUGUGUGAACAAGAUAACUUCUCAGAGGAAGAGAAUAAAGUGCAACCAAGAUAAGUUAAACAACGCAGAAUAUUUUGGAGUUAACGAGAUAGUGGCUGGUGUGCUAGGGCUAGGUUAUUUCUCUGGACAAGAUACUUUCUGUUUGCAAGAUAUUUUGUCCCCACAAGAUAAUUUGAGCAAACAUGAUUGUGCAAAAAUGUAUCUGAUAGAUUUUGCAUACAGGAUAGUAAGCUCUGAGAUAGCUUCUCAGUGGAAGAGAAUAUAGUGCAACCAAGAUAAAUUAAGUGCACAAGAUUUUCAGUUAACGAGAUAAUUACUGGUGUGCUCAAGAUUGUAUCUCAAGGAAACUAGGUGUCUUGUGAGUGCGAGGUAUCUUGUUUGAACAAGAUAUGUUGUCCCUACAAAAUUAUUUGCACUCACAUUGUUGACAUUUUCCUUCAACAAGAUAAUUGCUGGUGUGCUCAGGGUUUUAUCUUAAGAGAUCAUUUGUGCAGGCUAGAUAUCUUGUUUGAACAAGAUACUUCCAGCUUGUGAGAAAUUUUGUCCUCACAAAAUAAUUUGUGCAAACGUGGAUCUGAUAGAUUUUGCAUACAGGAUAGUAAGUUCUGUAUCUUGCAUGAACAA